GCCCUGCGUUCCUCCUGGUGCUUCCGUACUCGUUCCCAUCCGUUCUUCGCUCAGAUCACGCUCGACGUCCCCCAGAAGAAAAUGGUGUAAGGCCAGCCAGCGCAGCUGCCACUUCCCAUCACGGCGUGCCCAGACCUCAGGGAGGAACAUGGCAGCAGCCCAGGGAGCGGGAAGCAGUUCGGCCGGGCCAUCCGGACUCCCUGGUUCUGCCCUGGGGCACAGCAGCAACUCCACGGCAGUGGCGGUGUGGGAAUGGCAGGAUGAAUUUGGCAGGUGGAGGCCAUACCGAGGGAACGUCUGCAGCUACAUUGAACAGGUUUUUCAGGCCUCUCAGCAGAAGGGCCGGCGUUCGGGGUCGGGGCUUGUCAGCAGCAUCCCGUUGGGACACGCGGAUCCUGUCUUGGCCCCCUAUGUCAUCGACAUCCCAAGCUUGACGCAGUUCCGGCAGGAUACAGGGACGAUGCGGGCCGUCCGCAGGCACCUCUUCCCCGGGGACUCUGCCGCCGGGCAGGGCAUCGUCUGGGAGUGGCAGAAUGAUGAAGGCGGGUGGUCCCCCUACGAGAUGAACGUCUGCGUGUUCCUGGAGCAAGCCCGUGCCACGAACCACCAGCGAGUAGAUCUUGGACCCUUGGGCUACAACUAUGAAGUUGACUUUGUGGCUCAAGUCCAGACCAACAAGACCACAAGGUUCCGCCGCGGCAUUCAGAGGCGCUUGGACGCCCCGUACCCGGUGACAGCCUCCCCGGCGCCCCUUCACACGGGGGUGGCUUGUUCCUGCCAGCAAUGCUGGCUAAAUGGUGGGACUGGUCCCAUCACCACGCGCUACCGGCAUUCCAUGAUAAACUUUCCCAACUCAUCCGCUACUCAUCAGGUUUCCAGUAGGACAGCGUCAGUAAGUUCUUCCAACGUCGGCUUCGUGCCCUAUAACAAACCGACUUUGUCUGGAGCGAGGUCAACACUGAGACUCAAUGCACAGAGCACCUGGGCUUUGCCUCAAGCUGGGGGCCCCAGCACAGGACUGUCUGCAUCUAAUGGAGUCAGCGCCCCAAACCUGCCAGUCAAGAUGCCCAAACCCAGCAAGGUGAACCAGGCCCUGGCAGGCAUGACGGCUAUUCUGAUGUCAGCCGCUGGACUCCCCGUGCACCUCACCUGUGUGCCGCAAGCUGCCAGCACCCAUAAAGCCACUAAAAAACACAGCUCAGUUAAGGAGGGGAGGAAAGUGUCCAAGAAAGGCUGGUGGAAGAGCCUGGCAGCCUCCAUGACGGGCCUGAUGACCACGACACCAACCGAGCCAGAAGCGGUGGUGAAGAAGUACCUGGAAGAGGUGAAGGGCUCUUCUGCCGAUGAGGACUGUAUCAUCUGCAUGGAGAAGCUGUCCUCCCCCUCAGGUUACGGCGACGCAUGCGAGUGCAGCACAAUCAAGCCGGAGACAGUCGGUCGUCUGACAAACUGCCAGCACUCCUUCCACAUGCUCUGCAUGCUGGCCAUGUACUCCAACGGGAACAAGGAUGGGAGUUUGCAGUGCCCCUCUUGUAAAACCAUCUACGGAGAGAAAACCGGUACUCAGCCCAAAGGGAAGAUGGAGGUGUCCACUUUUCCCCAGUCCCUCCCUGGCCACAAGGACUGCGGGACGAUCCAGAUUGUGUAUCACAUCAGCAGAGGCAUCCAGGGCCCUGAGCACCCCAACCCUGGGAUGCCUUACACAGCAAGAGGCUUUCCUCGCUAUUGUUAUCUACCAGACAACGAGAAGGGCAGAAAGGUCCUGGAGCUCCUAAGGGUGGCCUGGAAGAGACGCCUGAUUUUCACAGUGGGCACCUCCAGCACCACCGGCGAGAGCAACACGGUGGUGUGGAACGAGAUCCACCACAAGACGGAGAUGGACACAAACCUGAGCGGCCACGGCUACCCUGACCCCAACUACCUGGACAAUGUGCUGGCAGAGCUGGCCGCGCAGGGUGUCACCGAGGACUGCCUGAGACAAUGAGCUGGGGUGGGGGCCCGCCUGUGCCGUGCACGCAUCGGGGAGCCCUCCUAGUGCACUUAUUCCUGUUGCCUUAAGUUCCUGUGUCUGACUGUCUGUCACACUGAGCAAUAACACUGUACCGCGGGAGCCCG